AUGCAAGAAGUACAAGUUGGAGAGGACAAACUGACUGUUAUGCCGCUAGGAGCCGGCCAAGAAGUCGGUCGUAGUUGCAUUAUUCUCAAAUACCACAGAAAGAGAGUCAUGCUCGAUUGUGGAAUUCAUCCUGCCUACGAAAAUUUCGGCGGCCUUCCAUUUAUAGACGCAAUUGAUCCUGCAAAAAUAGAUGUUUUGCUUAUUACUCACUUCCACAUUGAUCAUAUUACAGCAGUUCCAUGGUUUUUAACUCAAACUAAUUUCAGCGGUCCUUGCUUCAUGACACACACAACAAAAACUAUUUCAAAAACACUUCUUGUCGAUUAUGUCGGUGUUUCAGGCCGUGGAAGUGAAGAACCAAAUCUUUUUACACGUGCAGAUGUUGCAAAUGUUCAAAACAUGAUCACAGCAGUAAACUAUCAUCAAACAGUUACUCACCAAGGUAUCAAGAUGACAUGCUACCCUGCAGGACACGUCCUAGGUGCUUGCAUGUGGCUUGUUGAAAUUGAUGGUGUCAAAGUUCUUUACACAGGCGAUUUCUCUCUCGAAAACGAGCGCCAUCUUCAAGGUGCCGAAAUACCGAAGAGCCUUUCCGGCGAAAUUAUUCGUCCUGAUGUACUAAUUAUGGAAUCAACACAUGGUUUAGCAAGAAUUGAGUCAAGAGUCGACAGAGAAUACAGAUUCAUCGAUAACGUUACUAAGAUCAUCAAGCGUGGUGGUCGUUGCUUGAUCCCGAUCUUCGCUUUAGGCAGAGCUCAAGAAUUACUAAUUAUUCUCGACGAAUAUUGGGAAUCCCACCCAGAAUACAACGGAGUUCCCAUCUACUAUGGCUCAAACCUCGCCAAACAAGCUAUUGCGGCUUACAAUGCUUUCUAUCAAGAUCAUAAUUCAAGAGUUGUCACAGCUAAGGGAAAAUUCGAAUUUUCUUAUGUUAAAUACAUCAGAGAUUACGACUUCGAUGAUUCCCUCCCUUGCGUGGUCCUCUGUUCCCCUGCUAUGCUUCAAAAUGGAAUGAGUCGGAAAAUUUUUGAGGCCUGGUGCUCGAAUUCGGUCAACGGACUGAUCAUUCCCGGCUACAUUGUCGAUGGAACACUUCCGCAAGUGCUUAUGAAGAACCCAGCCGAAAUUACAACAUUAAGUGGAAAAAUUAUUCCGAGAAAGAUCUCGAUAGACUAUGUUUCGUUCUCCGGACAUGCAGAUUUCAACCAAACCUCCCGUUUCAUCACCGAAUUGAAGCCGAAAAGGAUAGUUUUGAUACAUGGAGUUUGUGGCUUGAUGAUGCAGCUCAAGGAGAAGCUUCUACAGAUGUUCGUUGAAGAUGGCUUGGAAGUUUAUACGCCUGGAUUAUGCGAAAAAGCAACAAUGUGGUUCCAAUCUAACCCAUCCGCGAUUAUUACCGGCGGUUUGAGCGAUAACAAGGACAAUAUAUCAGGCAUCAUUGUUAGAAAGGACGGACAGAACAUGAUCAUGUCCGCUUCUGAACUUUCUACGCAUACAACUCUAAAAACACUAAAUGCAACGAUGUCUCAAGAAGUUCCGAUCAACAAACCACUAUCAGAAUAUACGAAAUUACUACAGAAUGAGUUCGGCAAGGUCCAGGUCGUCUCAAAGAAGCUGGUUCUCAUUAUGGAAAGAUUAAUGCUGAUUUACAAGGACAAAGAGACAGCAAUAUUGAAGUGGAACGCUGAUCCAACAUUGGACUACCUCGCAAAUGCCGUAACUUCGCUCAUUAUGUGUUAUAAUGAUUCUGGAGAAAAAAUUUCGUUGUCAGACACUACUCCUGAAGAUCUCUUCGUUCAGAAAUUGCAGGAGGCAUUACGAGAGAGGUACAGCAAGGACAUUGAGUUCGAUCCUGACAGCCAAAUGUUUAUGUUCCAGAUUUCGGAAAAAUCUGUCAUCAUUUGCAUAGAUUCUGAAUCUCCAAGUGGUGUAAAAGUCGAAUGCGAUAAACAGGACGAAAGAUUGGAACUGGAAUUGAACGAAUUGGCAACAACUUUACAUGAAUUCUGCCAACCAUUGACUUUACAUCAGGUUAGAUAG